CUUGCCGGGAUUCGUCUGGGGAAAUCAUGACGACGGUUCGUCGCGCGUCUCGCUCGCAUCAUCAUAAAGAGCUCAUGCUCGCCCAGCCCGCCCGCUCGAACCUCACGUCGGUCGUGCGAACCAUGUCCUUGCCCAGCCAAGCUACAAUUUCUCCUCACUCUACGUACCACUUUCCCCUCACUCUCGAAGGGAGCACAAACCAUUGAUACCGUCUCGACGCGAACGAAACCUCCCGGAAGACCUGGGGCAGUCGUAGCUGCGACCAGGAUACGCGGCAAGCGAGCGAAUCGAAAUGAGACACUAGUCUUCUUACUACCACGACGAACUACAUUCUUCGUCAAGGAGAAAUCGUGAGAAGCCGUGUCGAUUGCCUUCGUGACAUCUUGAGUGAGAAGAAGAACUAGCAAGAAGCUGUAUAUCUAUCAAAAGAGCCUUUAAAAGCUUUUGACGUAGACUACUACGCGCUGCUCCUCAUCAUCAUCUCUCAAGAUGUCAAGCAAGGCCGCCGGCUUCUUCGAAUACAACUCCCAACUUGACGCUUUCACCCUCUAUCAUCUCGUCACCGAAGAGCAAUAUGGCUCACGAACCGGAGCUGCUGUCGGCCCAAUCCUUCCAGCUUUGGGCCAUGCCUUAGCUGGAGGACUUGCGAGUGCAGUGGCGAAGGCGACUGUCUACCCGAUCGAUACGAUUGUCACGCGAAUGCAAGUGCAGAAGCAGCUGAAAGGCGACAAGGAGGCACCGAGUGCCGCUAGCAACGCCGACGCCGAGUACAAGGACCCUAUCGAUGCGGCGAAGAAGAUUUACAAAAGUGAGGGAGGACUGAAGGGAUUCUAUGCUGGGCUGAACUCGGAUGUGGUGAAGGGAAUUGCAGAUUCAUUCUUGUUCUUCUUGGCGUAUAAUGCCGUGAGGGAUCAGAUGCUGAAGAAGCAGGGCGGAAAGCAAAUGUCCAUCUUGAAGGAAUUGAGCGUGGGAAUUUUGGCUGGCGGGAUCUCCAAGGCCGUGACACAGCCAAUUUCCAACAUCGUGGUCAGGCAACAGACGGCCGCUCUCGUGGCUGCAAGAGAUCCAACUUCAUCGACAACACCCGCUCAGAGCGACAGGUUGAGCGUGAAAGAUGUCGCUCUACAGAUUCGCAACGAAAAAGGCAUUGCGGGAUUCUGGGCUGGCUACAGCGCGCAGCUCAUUCUGACGCUUAAUCCUGCAAUCACAUUCGCAGUCGAUAAUCUCCUCAAAGGACUCGUGCCAAAGGACAGACGCGACAACGCCAGUGCGACCUUCCUCGUGGCAGCACUUUCCAAAGUGAUCGCCACCACAAUCACAUACCCUGUGAUGCUCGCCAAAUCGCGUGCCCAAGCCGCAGGCAGUUCCCCCGAGGAAGGCGACCCAAGCGAACAUUACGUCUCAGUCAACGACUCCGCAGACCGCAAAACCCAAGUCAAACAAGCCAUCAAACGCGUGGCGCAACUCCUCGAAGGCCAGACGCGAAUCUUUGUCGCGUUGAAGAAAAUCUAUCGCGAUGAAGGCGCGAAGGGAAUGUAUUCUGGUCUAGAGGGCGAAGUCGUCAAAGGUUUCCUUCAGCAUGGUAUUACCAUGGCAGCUAAGGAUGGCGUGCACGUUGGUGUUGUGCAGUUGUACUACGUUGUGUUGAAGUUGACGAAGAGGUGGGAUGCUGAGUUGGCAAAGGCCCAAGAGCAGGCGGCGGAGCUUGCGAAGGAUGCUGCGCACAAGGUCGAGGAUGUUGCUCUGUCUGCUGCUGAGGCUGCUAAGAAGGCCGUUGGACAGUAGAGAAUUGGUUCUGCUGGGAGACACCUAUAAGCAAAAAUGAACGACUAUUUCUUCAAUGUUUGCUGCAAAAUUGGCGAGGGAUGUUACACCUUUGUAGUUUUGAUUUCGGC